CAAAAGUGCCUUAUCUCCAUAAUUCGCCUGUGGUCGUCCGUCAACCACACGCCCCCAUUCAAAUCGACCCUUUUCACUUACUGCCCGCACAAAAACCAGUCGAAAAAACGGAACAAGAAAACCUCAAACUCAAAAUUGCCCUCCAAUGGCGUCCUCAUCUACACUAUCCCCCGCCAUAAUCCCUUCUCAGCUGUGCUCGAGCAAGAAUGGGGUGAACUCGAUCUCGAACGUGGCGCUCCCGAGAUUCGGCAGCGGCAAGAGGAUGAAGGUGUCGUGCAUGGCGACGAGCAUGCCGGCCGAUCGAGUGCCGGACAUGGGAAAGAGGCAGCUCAUGAAUUUGCUGCUAUUGGGCGCCAUCUCUCUUCCUUCUGGUGGCAUGUUGUUGCCUUACACUUACUUCUUUGUUCCUCCAGGUGGUGGUGGGUCCGGUGGAGGUACCGUAGCAAAAGAUGCUUUAGGUAAUGAUGUUAUUGCCGAGCAAUGGCUCAAGAACCACGGACCAGGUGAUCGGACCCUUACGCAGGGACUAAAGGGUGAUCCCACGUAUCUUGUUGUGGAGAAUGACAAAACACUUGCGACGUAUGGUAUCAAUGCCGUGUGUACCCAUCUUGGCUGUGUAGUCCCGUGGAAUGCGGCUGAAAACAAGUUUAUUUGCCCCUGCCAUGGAUCUCAGUACAACAAUCAAGGAAGAGUUGUUAGGGGACCUGCUCCUUUGUCUUUGGCGUUGGCUCAUGCCGAUAUUGAUGAUGGGAAGGUCGUUUUUGUCCCGUGGGUCGAGACAGAUUUUAGAACUGGUGAAAACCCUUGGUGGUCGUAAAACUUUCGAAUUUUCAUCUGAUAGUGUUUUGUGUCGUAUAUUCACAUCGUUUAUCUUUCAUGAAAAAAUCUGUUGUUAAUUGUUAUAGACAAUUCAGAAUAUAGCUGUGUUGUGUUGUUAUCAUUGAAUGUUAUUCUAUUGUGAAUAAUUCUUGAUUAUUUGUAAUUAAUUUGGGAAGUUAAAAGGAUGUGCCACGAGCUUCAUGUCAUUAGCCAGAGAGAAUAAACGAUCACUGGAUUGUUUCAAACAUUUCUUUCCUCUGGCAGACAGGUACUUUUAUGUGUACCCUUUUGGACAUUCUAAAAAAUAAGCCCUCAAUUUGCUUUGUGCCCGGCAAUAACUCGUUUCCUUUGUUGAUUUUCGAGUCGACCGACAGUUUUGACUCGCUCGUCGAGAACCAAACAUGAGAUGCAGAUGCAUUUUACGAUUAUAUCCCUCAAAUUGCCACCUAUAAUUAUGAAUGAGCCCCGAUCACAAGCUGCUCCAAACGCAUUUUAUGAAAUCAAGAAAUUGAAUUAUUCGGUUCUACUGAG